AUGAUGGCCUCCCGUGUUUUCGCCCGCUCGAUGGCCUCUGCCGCCAAGUCCGUCAAGCCCCCCGUGCAAUUGUUCGGUGUGGACGGAACCUACGCCACUGCCUUGUACUCUGCCUCCGUGCAAGAGUCUUCCGUGGAAGCCUCGCACAAGGGGUUGGGCAAGAUCGCCGAGUUGGUCAAGCAGGACCCUAAAGUCAACGAGUUCUUGACCAACCCAGCCUUGUCCAAGGAAGACAGAAAGACCGUCAUCGACACCCUUGCCUCGAGCUUGAAGUUGGACAAGACCGUCACCAACUUCUUGACCGUGUUGUCCGAGAACAACAGAUUGGGUGAGUUCAACAACAUCUACAAGAACUUCGGCUUGUUGUUCGACGCCCACCAGGGUGUUGUCGAGGCCACCAUCACCUCCUCGAAGGUCUUGGACUCCAAGAUCUUGAGAAAGUUGCAGGCAGCCAUUCAGAAGUCGUCUUUCGUUGGUGAGGGCAAGACCUUGAAGGUCUCCAACACCGUCAACCCAGAAAUCAUGGGUGGCUUGAUUGUCGACGUUGGUGACAAGACCGUGGACUUGUCCAUUGCCUCGAAGGUGGCCAAGUUGAACUCUGCCUUGAGCCAGGCUUUGUAG